AUGGAGGUCCCCUCAAGUCCAAGUGCGGCAAACGUGACCUUCAAGUCCUCUACAACACCCGAAGCUCGAGCACAUGAGCGGGAAUCUACCAAAGACGGGGGACUGGAUGGUAUAUACACCCAGCCAGGAUCCUUCCACGCCGCCAGUGGCCUCAAACCAACCAAAACGCAUACUGGAUUCUACUCUGAGCACGGCCACUCUUUGUCACACAUCCGACCCAUCACCAAACAUCCUGGUUCAUCGGUCACAACGUUCUUCAAUGGGGUAUUCAGAACCGUCAUCGGCAUAGCGACACUGGGCGCGAGCAUCACCUUCUCCUACGUCUUGUCCAACAACACCUCCACCCCUCGAGCGAGAAAGCCAGUCUUCAACGUGGACCAGAUCCAAGAAUUCCUAGCCAUCAGCUGGCUCCUGUUCCUUCUAGCGUUGGCGAUUGCCUCACUCGGCUCGACUAUCUUGACCUUCUUCAAAGACCACUGGAUGGCGGACUGGGAUGGGCUGAAUGGGAAGACUUCGCAACGAAGUGUUCAGAGGUAUGCUAUCUUCGCUGCUGGUCUGAUGGCCGCUCUUAUCAUCGGAGCUUUCGUGCUGCUAUGCCUGGUGGUGGUUGCAUAUACCGCUGUGGUCGGGUGGGUUGCCUUGGGGUUUACCAGUCUUUUUGGAGUUAUCAUCCUUCUGGCACUGAUAAAUCAAGCUCCAUGGCCCUGGCGGAAUAAUACGCCGUCUCCGAGCCCAACACAUCGCAUCGCUGGAGAUCAUGGCGGAGGCGAUGGAGAGGAAGCAGCGUGA